AUGAAGAAGUUCAUCGGCUCGAUAAAACGCAACACGACAAACGCUCGUUCCAAGAGCAAUGACCGUCACAAUGGAGCUCCGGUCGUUCAGUCGCUGCCUCAAGGUGACCAUCCAGAGGCCGUCGUCGUGCGAGAAUCGAUAGCAUUCUGUGAAGCUGGUGCGCCUGGGUCGCAAAGCGCCGGUGAUGAAUACCUUCACCUACCCGCCAUUGUUGAUGCUUGCGAAUCCAGCCCUUCUGCUGCACGGGAAGCUGCAAUGACUGUCCAGCGAUAUCUGUCCAAACAGAACUUCGACAGAGGCUAUGCUCAGUACAAUGCAAUCAUGCUGAUGCGUAUCCUGACCGACAACCCUGGUCGCAACUUCACCCAGAACUUCGAUAAGAAUUUCAACUCGACGCUAAAGACUCUGCUGCGAGAAUGCAGGGACUCGAGUGUACAGCAAAUCACACGUGAGACGCUGGAUUACUUCGAGGUCGAGAAGCUGAAUGGCAAUGAAACUCUUAUGGCUCUGAUGGAGAUGUGGCGCAAAGAGAAAGGUUCUUCGGCUCGGAUGUACUCUUCAAGUGUAGGCAUGGAUGGUACUGCUGUCAUAAGCCAUGAUUUCACUCACAACGACCAGGGUCGAUCGCAUAGCCAGCCAUAUACAAACAACCACCGAGAGUCGAGACCUCCUAGGGGUCUUCCACCCGCCGACGAGCUUGCAGCACGAAUUGAAGAGGCAAGGACUAGUGCUCGGCUGCUCGUACAGAUGUGCCAGUCGACACCACCUCAGGAAUUGAUUGGUAAUGAGCUCAUCAAGGAGUUUGCCGAACGAGCCAGACAGGCAAACAAGAGCAUACAGCAAUACAUGGCCUGCGAGAACCCGUCACCAGACGAGCACACCAUGCUGACUCUGAUCGAGACAAGCGAACAACUCAGCAUCUCAAUGACCAAGCAUCAAAGAGCCAUGCUUCAAGCACGCAAAGCCACAGGACAAGCUUCUCCGUCUCCUCAACCUCAAUCAAACCAGCAAGAUCCUUUCUCCACCUCUACCUUACAAAGUGCUCUACCUCCACAGCAGCCACCUCGUCCUCAGCAAGCAAUGUACCAGCCACCGCAACAACAACCUGCAUAUCAGCAAUCGCCCUACCAACAGCCACCUCACCAACGGCAAUUCAACACCAGAUACGAAUCAGAAGACCUCUACAACACUAACUCGCCCGGAGGUCUCGUCAGUCCCAUAGACCACAACGAGCACUCCUACAUGCCACCAUCUGGACCUCCACCAGCAGCAAUAGCAGCACGCAGACAAGAAAACGAGCCUCAACCAUACCAGACACGCCCCGAAUCUCCCAUCUCCCCUCAACGUCAAACCCGCCACAUGCGAUCCGAGUCCGCAGCGAAAGACUACGACGUCUCUGAGAACCCUUUCGCAGAUGAUAAUGCCUACGCCGCCCCAGCACAUCCCCCUCCCUCUGCACAGACACAAACCCAACCAUUACCACAACAGCAACAAAACACGCGCGACUCAUACUCCCUGUUCAACCGUGCCGCCGGCCAAUUGCGAGACCCCUCUUCGCCUAGCACUACGCGAAACACUCACUCUCAUACCAACGCACCUUCCUCUACUCCUCCUCCCGUCAGUGAACUGGACUCCGGAUCGUACCCGGCACCAGCACCGGCGUCGCAUGGCCACCGGGACAAUAUUCAGGAUAGGCCGGGAUUGCAUGGGUAUAAUUCUGGGUGGCAGCCAACGCCAAGUUUUAUGGGGAGGCAGGCGAGUAGUGAGGCGCAUAUUACGAUGAGUGGGGGGAGUGGAGAUCGGAGAUGA